AUGACAACCUUCGUCUCGCCCACCUUAGAACGAACUGGCUCACGACGCCGUCAGUCGGCUUCCACCUCUGCCUCGGGUCUACCCGCAACUCCUAACCGGUCACCGUCCACGAGAGUGAGGAAUACUCCUUCCCGCACCAGAUCCACCAACUACGAGCACCAGGACCACCAGGAUCACGACCCGCACCCGCACCCGCACCCGCACCAGCACCAGCACCAACACCAGCACCAGCACCAAUACCACCAACGGCCUUCGUCGUCGCGCCACGGAGCUGUCGAGGACAUCCUGCCGCAAGCCAACUAUGAGACUUCGACCUUGGCGCAAACAUCAACACGAAGAAGAAGCUCUGCAAGCAAAGACCGCCCUCUCCCACCGCGGACCACACCAGCCAAGAGCGCAUCGGCCCAUCACCGUGCAAGCCAUCGUCCAUCCCCAGCAGACAUGACCACCUCCGCGAAUGGAGGAGGCCCCGCGCCGGUGGUGGCGGCCCAGGAGUCGCGACAGCUCGGCCGGUCGGGAAAAUCGAGGACGACGAUACCGGCGCCGACGGGGAACUGGAUACUGGGCAAGACCAUCGGAGCGGGGAGCAUGGGCAAAGUGAAGUUGGCUCGGAAGGCCGAAGGCGGGGAACAGGCAUGCGCUUCCGUGGCAGUCAAGAUUGUCCCGCGCGGCUCGACCGAGGAUGGAAGUCAUCAGAGCCGGGCAGACCGCGAGCGGGCCGACCAUUCCAAGGAGAUUCGAACGGCUCGAGAGGCCGCAAUCGUCACCCUGUUAGAUCACCCCUACAUCUGUGGCAUGCGAGAUGUCGUGCGCACUACACAUCACUGGUAUAUGCUCUUUGAGUACGUAAAUGGGGGACAGAUGCUCGACUACAUCAUCUCGCACGGGAGAUUGAAGGAGAAGCAGGCCCGGAAAUUCAGCCGACAAAUCUCAAGCGCCUUGGACUACUGCCACCGGAACAGCAUAGUCCACAGAGAUCUGAAGAUCGAGAACAUCCUGAUCAGCAAGAGCGGCGAUAUCAAGAUUAUCGAUUUCGGCUUGAGCAACUUGUUUGCGCCCCGAGGUCAUCUGAAGACGUUCUGUGGCAGUUUGUACUUUGCCGCACCGGAGUUGCUGCAGGCGAAGGCAUAUACGGGGCCCGAGGUGGACGUGUGGAGUUUUGGUAUCGUGCUCUACGUGCUGGUGUGCGGCAAGGUCCCUUUCGACGAUCAGAGCAUGCCAGCGCUGCACGCAAAGAUCAAGAAGGGCGUUGUGGACUAUCCCAGCUGGCUGAGCCCCGAAUGCAAGAAUCUGAUCUCGCGCAUGCUGGUGACGGACCCAAAGCAGCGAGCAAAUUUGCAAGAGAUCAUGAACCACCCGUGGAUGAUCAAAGGCUAUGGAGCUGCACCAGAGAACUACCUGCCCCUUCGUGAACCCAUACAGAUGCCACUCGACCCGAAUGUCAUUCAAGCCAUGACAGGAUUCGACUUUGGCUCGCCCGAAACCAUCUCGGCUCAGCUGACCGAGGUAAUCGAGUCGCCGGAGUAUAACAGAGCAGUGCGAUUAGCUAUGCAAGAACGGGAGAACCAGGGGCCGCCCAAGGACAUGGAGCGGAAGAGAGGAUUUGGAUUCGACUUUUACAAGCGCAGAAAUUCGUCCACCAGCCGGGAUACCUUGACCGCCCCAAGCUCAGAUGCCCUGGCACUGGGAAGCGAUCCGCUCAAUGCUUUCCAUCCCCUCGUUUCGGUGUAUUACCUGGUGCGCGAAAAGCAGGACCGUGAUCGACUUGCCGCUCACCCGGGCGCGACGAGCAUGCCUCGAUCACCAGGAGAAGCUCCGCUGCAGAUGCCGGAUCUCGCCCCGCCAAAGGCCGCGCACACGAAUGCUGCCGCGUACGAGAUGCCGGGCGAGAAGGCAACAGGAGGCCGGUCACGACCACGUGCCCGCACCCACGGCGAGGAUGAUGUUACGGAGAAUGUGAAGAAUCUGAGAAUCCCGGGUUCUAGCGUGCCUGCUCCGCCACCCGUCGUGGAGCCAGCUCUCGAGUAUCACCCUGUGCGUAAGGAGAGUACUGCUGCGGGGAUCUUGCGACGAUUCAGUACCAGGAGGAGAAGGGACACCUCGGAGAAAUCCCACCCUCCCCUGGUCACCAUGCAAUCACCUCAUGAGCCGAGUGGCCUCCGCAAGAGCUUCAGCGUCCGACGCUCUCGGGAGCCGGCGACCGAACGCGCAUCAUCGUCAAUGAUACGCUCAGGAGGUAGCCAGUCUCACCAUGGUGAUCUGUUGUCGAACCCACCCCCGCCUGCUAGCAGCAACCGACCCAGCAGCAAGACGCUGGAUAGAUCCAAAAGUGUCAGUUCCGCAGAAUUUCAGAGGAAGGAGCUCCGCAGAGGCGUUCCUGAGGCCACACCUCCACGUGUGACCUACAGGGAACCACCGCCCACUUCAGGAUCGGAUCGCUCGAUACCUGCCGUCACGGAAAAUCCACCACGUGAACGGGAGGAACAGCCGAGACCCCAGGUGGCCCCCAAGGCAGCUCCGUCUUCCAUGAGAGCCAAGUCGCUUGGUCACGCUAGGGGUGAGAGUAUCCAGGCACGCCGCGUACGACGAGCAGAGGCCAGAGAAGCCAACGUCCCGGAGGAAACUGAUGCCGAAAUAGGUGAUGGAAGUGGGCCAUCCAGCGAACGAGUCAAUACUGCAGAUAACGUGAAACCCGUCUUCCUCAAAGGGCUGUUCAGCGUAUCUACGACGUCGACGAAGCCGGUACGUGCCAUCAGAGCGGACAUCAUUCGGGUCCUCCGCCAGUUAGGAGUCGAGUACACGGAGAUUCGAGGUGGGUUUACGUGUCGACACACCCCCUCGAUCGAUCUGAACAAGGUGGUGGACCCCCCUCCAAGCAGCCACAGUACCCACACUCCUGGAAACAAGAGGCGGAUCAGCUUUGGGGGGCUCAUGGGUGCUGGUGGCGGCUUAGAGCGGGAGCGGGAGGACUUCCGAGAUGCAGAGAGAUCUCCUCCAACUCCCCGAACCCCCGCGAGGACCCGCGGCGAUACUAGCUUGACCAACUCGGACGCGUCUGAUGACAGCAUUGCCAGGGAUCCCCGAGGUCCUUCGAGCCGAGCCGUGGGCGAGACGAGCACCCACGUCCAGAGCGAACUCGGUGGCAGCAUGAUCCUCGAAUUCGAAAUCUUCAUCGUGAAGGUCCCUCUUCUCUCCUUACAUGGCAUCCAAUUUAAGCGACUGGCCGGCGGGACCUGGCAAUACAAAAACAUGGCGGACCAAGUCUUACGCGAACUCCGCCUCUGA